AUGCUAAAAAUCUUACUCCCAACAAUUAUACUAUUACCAACAAUCACAUUAUGUAAACCAAAACAACUAUGACUUUCUACACUAACCCAUAGCCUAAUAAUCGCCAUUCUAAGUUUACAAUGAUUUAAACCCUCCAUAGAACCAACCAUAAACUUCUCCAAUUAUUACCUAGGGGUAGACCAAAUUUCAGCCCCUUUACUAAUCCUAUCAUGCUGACUUACCCCCCUAAUAAUCUUAGCCAGCCAAAACCAUUUAACCACUGAACCAACUUCACGAAAACGAACCUUUAUCUUCACCAUUAUCCUACUACAAAUCUCACUAAUUCUAGCUUUCUCAACCACAGAAUUAAUUAUAUUUUUUAUCACAUUUGAAACCACACUCAUCCCAACAUUAGUAAUCAUCACACGAUGAGGUAAUCAAAUAGAACGACUAAAUGCAGGAACCUACUUCCUAUUUUAUACCCUUAUUGGAUCUCUCCCACUACUAAUCGCCCUCCUAUCUCUAAACACCGAAAAUGGCUCCCUAUCUAUACAUACAAUACAACUAAACCAACCUACUAUACUAAACUCAUGAACCCACAUAACAUGAUGAUUUGCACUACUAAUAGCUUUUAUAAUUAAAAUACCACUAUAUGGAUUACACCUGUGAUUACCAAAAGCACACGUAGAAGCUCCAAUUGCAGGCUCAAUAAUUCUAGCCGCAGUAUUACUAAAACUAGGAGGAUAUGGUAUUAUCCGCAUUACAAUAAUACUAAACCCCUUAUCAAAAACACUUUCCUACCCCUUCAUAGUACUCGCACUAUGAGGAGUAAUCAUAACUAGCUCCAUCUGCUUACGACAAACAGACCUAAAAUCAUUAAUUGCUUACUCAUCAGUAAGUCAUAUAGGCCUAGUUAUUGCCUCAACACUAACACAAACUCAAUGAGCAUACACUGGCGCUAUCACACUAAUAAUUGCCCACGGCCUAACAUCAUCAAUACUCUUCUGCUUAGCCAACACAAAUUACGAACGGACCCACAGCCGAACACUAUUAUUAGCUCGAAACAUACAACUCUUACUCCCACUAAUAAGCCUAUGAUGACUACUUGCCAGCUUAACCAACAUAGCCCUUCCACCAACCAUCAAUCUAAUAGGAGAAUUAACCAUUAUUGCCUCACUGUUCAAUUGAUCCAACAUUACAAUUCUAAUAACAGGAUUAGGGACCCUAAUCACCGCCACUUACACCCUAUACAUACUAUCCACAACACAAUGAGGAGAAACACCCUCAUACAUUAAAACUAUCCCACCAACCCACACACGAGAACACCUCCUCAUAUCACUACAUACCCUACCAAUAAUUCUACUAAUAAUAAAACCAGAACUAAUCUGAGGCUCCUUCCACU